GAAAAAUUCAUGAAUCCUUCCGAGUGGAAAAUGUCUCCAUGUCUUGGGGUGAAUCCUGCCCGCUGUGCUGCAGCGUUCAUGUUGCUCCGACAUCGGCCUGCCGGAUAGCAAGGCUGCGACCAUAUAAACCGAGACAUCCUUUCACGAAGUCAAUCUUCGCUCCCAAAUCAAUCAUCAUCAACACUGUUCAACUAUCCUAUCUUCCAUUAUCUUCCAAUUCUUAGAAACUGAUUAUUCUGCUCCCAACUUCGUGGUCGUUAGAACAUCACCAUUUCCAUUCCCCCUCUCUAUAGAUAAGCUGCGAUAUCGAUAAACUUCAAAAUGGCAUCCGACCAGACCAACCAGCCCCAGGACCACUGGUCCGCUGAGGCCUACUCAACCUCUGCAUCCUUCGUCCCUAAACUCACCCAAACCCUUCUCCGCUACCUCGACCCCCAGCCCACCGACCGAGUCCUGGACGUCGGAUGCGGCGAUGGCAAAUUCACCGAAGCCUUUCUUCCCGCUAUUGACUACGUCUUGGGCAUUGACUCUUCCCCGGCCAUGAUCGAGUCCGCCCAGAAGGACUAUGUGAGCGCGAAAGCAGAGUUUCGGGUCUUGGACUGUUGCUACUUAGAACAAGAGUCGUCUGUUGCGAAUGGGUCGUGGGAUAAAGUGAUCUCCAACGCAGCCUUGCACUGGAUUCUCAGAAAUGAUGCCACACGCAUGUCCACCCUCCAAGGCAUCCAUGCCUGUCUCAAACCAGGUGGUGUCUUCGUUUUUGAAAUGGGCGGGCACGGAAAUGUGGCAGAGGUUCAGUCGGCUCUCAUCUAUGCGCUCGUGCAGAAUGGCAUAUCGGUCGAAAAGGCCAGGGAGGUGAACCCGUGGUUCUUCCCUUCGGUGGCUUGGAUGACGAAUGCACUCGACUCGAUCGGGUUUCGCGUCGAGAAGAUGGAGAUGGAGGAUCGACCUACGAAGCUGACUGACGCGGCUAACGGGGGUUUGGCUGGCUGGGUUAGACUCAUGGGUGCACCGUUUCUGGAUGUCCUGCCGGAGGAAAAGAGGGAGAAUGUUGUGCAGCAGAUUUGCGAUGUUCUUUAUACAGCCGUCACUCGACACGAGGAUGGUAGCCAGUACCUGGGAUACAAACGCUUGAGGGGUAUUGCGAGAAGAGUAUGAUUUCUGUUUAUAGGAUCUGUGUUCAUAAACAGCUUGGUUACAUGUGCCGACUG